CCAGGCCGCGUCACCAUGGCAACGGCGCCGCCCUCCCGGCAUGCCCCGGCGGCGGCCCGGGGUGUUGCUAUGGCGGCGGCGCUGGGCGCGAUGGUGGCGGCGUUGGAGUCAUAUCGCGGCCGGGACCGUGCGGUCCGGGCGCUGUGCUAUGGCUGCCAGCUGGCAGGCGGCGCGCUGUCCGGGCCGCAGAGCCCCGCCGAGGGUCUGCCCGGCAGCCUGCUGGCCUUGUCCGCACAGCUGAGCUCCUGCCGCACUGUGCUGCGCCUGCUGGAUGACCUCGCCAUGCUCAGCCACAGCCGGGACUAUGGGCUGGGGCCUAAGGAUGAGGACGCUUUGGUCCGGGUGCUGUCGGUGCUUCGCAACGUGGCCGACCAGCUGUAUUACCCCUGCGAGCACAUCGCAUGGGCGGCAGACAGCGGCGUCAUCUGCGGCCGCUCUCAGCGCUGGUGGGCUGCCAGCACGGCGCUAUGGGGGCUGUCGCUGUUCUUGGGCAUCCUGCGGUCCCUGAGAGUCCUGGUCCAGCUGAGGAGGAAGCUGAAGCAGCAGAAGCGUGCUCCACCUUCACCGCAGAGUCAACAGAAAAUACGAGCCCAAGUGAAGGCUGAAGUUCUGAACAUCAUCAGUAACUUGGCAGAUCUCUCCAAUGCUGUCCAUUGGAUGCCACCAGGGUUCCUAUGGGCUGGACGGUUCCCUCUGUGGUUAGUGGGGCUCCUGGGGACCAUCUCUUCCCUGAUUGGAAUCUACCAGGCAUCUGGAAGGGGCAGUUCUGGAGCUGCGUGAGCUAAAAUUAAGCCUCUGAAACCCAAUUUUAAUGUGGUAAGAAGGCAUUUGGUGAAGCAGGCUGGAUUUAUAACUUUCCCGGAUGCCAAUGAUUUUAAUUCAGUGAAUCCUGUAAUUGAGAGUAAUCAGCAGCUCUGUUACAGAGAGGAUUAUUGAUGGCUGACAGAUUUUAUUCCUAGAAAUCUUUUGGGUGAAUCCUCUAAAAAUCAGAAUCUGAUAGGAUUGAUAACGGAGGGGGAAAAAAAGGUUGUGGUCGCUUCCAUUCUUUCUGUACUUCAAAAGACAGAUGGAACCCUCCAGUCUCUGCUCUCAUAUGAAAGAGCACAAAGUCUUUGGUGGAGGAACAGUUGUAAUUGUUUGAUUCAGAACUUCCAAGAGGUGGAUUCUGUGAGUUCCAGCUCCAGGCCCAGCACUUGGUGCUUCCCUGAGCCACAGAGGAGACCUCGAUAGUGGAAGUUUCUCUGUCAGAUGUUUUGGUGUGUGAACCCACAGCAGGUGAAACCCCAAACACAGACAGAAGCGGGUGGCAGAGGGAGGCUGCUGGGGGUGGCAGGUUCCUUGUGACUGCUGUAUUUCUUUAAAGGUGAUGGGGGAAGCAGCAGCAGCUGCAUGCAGUGCCUUGUUAAGCUUUCUUCCAGCCUUUCUACUUGAGAAGAAACAUGAAUUGAGGCUUCUUGGUUAUAGAGCCAGAAGGUGCUGAGGCUCCAGCUGUGCCUUUGUGGAAGGCCACCGGGUGGAGCUCUUCCACUGAGCUCUGCCGGAGCCAACGGACAUAGGGAAGCAAAAAGGGAAACAAGUUUGUUAAUCAUCUUUGAAAUAAGUGGCCAAACCAAUGCGUGAGUGACUUUUAUAGUCAUAUUUUUAAACAGUGCCAAUAAUAAAUGUGAGAAAUGCUUCAAAGGU